UAUGCAAAACAUUGUAAUGUAUUUGUGUCAUAUUCCAACAUUGAUGAUCGACUUUAUAGGGAUGAUUUCAAAGGCUUUGCAGAACUUUGCUUCAAAGAAUUUGGUGAUAGGGUGAAGCACUGGAUCACCUUGAAUGAGCCGUGGUCAUAUAGCAUGAGUGGGUACGCAGUUGGUAGCUCUGCACCAGGUCGAUGCUCUUCAUGGCUACAAUUAAAUUGUACUGGUGGGGAUUCAAGCACUGAGCCAUAUAUUGUAUCACACCACGAACUUCUCGCUCAUGCAACUGCAGUAAAUUUGUACAAGCGAAAGUAUCAGGCAUCACAAAAGGGAAAGAUUGGAAUUACACUCGUAUCACAUUGGAUGGUACCUUACUCAGAAGAAAGACAAGACCGCACUGCUGCACUAAGGGCCCUUGAUUUUAUGUUAGGAUGGUUUAUGGACCCUCUAACAACCGGCGACUAUCCACAUACAAUGCGGACUCUUGUGGGAAAAAGACUUCCUAAGUUCUCCAAAGAACAGUCCAAGAUGUUAAAAGGAUCAUUUAAUGUUCUUGCCUGGUCGCAGUUUGGUUUGUGUUGGUUUGCUGGGUGUAGUUCUGCAACUCCGUUUUGGUCUGGUUUUGCUGGUUUGCAGUCUGUGUUGCUGUUAGCUGUACUCUGCACUACUGGGUCUCUGUGUUGCAAUGGAUUGUAUUUCAAUAGUAUAUGGGUCUCAGAAGGUGCAGGCCAUGGAAUCAGUCGUGGGAGCUUAGGUUCUGGGAAUUCAAUAGGUCAUGUAUCAGAAGUGGCGGGCAGGGAUCGAAGACAUAAUGAGCCUCUUUAUAGACUUCCAAGUUUGUUCAUUUUGCUAGUCCAGUCAUGGAGGAAUGUCAAUGGGUUGAAUGCACAAUGUGUUAGGUCAUUGGGAGGAAUGUCAACGGGUUGA